UUCCAGGUGUCAGUCUCGCUAAAAUACCACCAUUAUUAAUAUGCUUAAACUGAAAGUAUUGUUUCACUUUUAAGGCUUAGAUGUACAUAUAAGAUUUAAAAUGGCAGUUAUUUACGAAGGUUGCUUACAAUGUCCCAAAAAUACGUUUAUUCAUCUUCCAAUGUUUCAACGAAAGCCAUCGAUGAUGUCCAGAUGUCACGUGGUAUCGAUUAAACGUUUUCGGGAAAUUCUAGCACAUUGGUACCAAACUCAAUCACAGACAAGACCAAACUUAAACAAGAACGGCGAUGCAAAAUAAACAUUUUGAAAUAACACGGAAAAAGGUGCGCUACACUCUCCCUCGAAUGUUACCUUCGACCCGCAUUUUUAUGUAAAUUUCCGCUUAUACCCGACGUUUUUACUAUGUGAAAAAAAAUGGUAAGGGACUCUAGUUGAAGUGCUAAAUUCUUUACUAUUCACUAAAUUUUGUAGAUGCAAAGGCUCGAAACAUGGGCAAGAGUACAACAUGCGCGCUUUAAAACAAGCCAUAUUCCUUGUGAAUUUAAUCUUGAUUUCCUUAAAAUUGCAUGCAUCUAAAUUCCCAAGUGCCAACGACUUCUUUUGUUUAAUAAAACCAAACGCAUUUGUACAAAAGUUACUUUCCUCUUCGCAAUUGCCUUGAGACACUACCUGUUAUGCGCGCAUCGAAGCUUGACUUCCUUACAUUUGGUUGUACAUUUUGAAUCUACUACAGAUCUCACAUGCAGACUUGUAGGAAGUUGAAGCGAAAUCAAGUGUUGAUAUUGCCCUGACUUGAUAUCGUCCUGGUUGUGGAAAAGUGAAAAGGUCCUGUGGCAAUAUUUCCAAUUAAAGAAGAAACAAACGAAAUAAGCACGAAGACUCUAAAUAUUAUCAAAUGUCAGAAUGGAGCGUCAAUAUCAGGAAAGCAUCCGAAGAAGACCAUGGCCUAGGCACUUUUCAACAAGGAAGACAUACAAAAAGCAAUAACUGAAAGAAAGUAUGUCCUGGUCUACUAAAAGAAGGUCUGAAUUGGAGAGGUCAUAGGGUCAUGCGCAGGCUAUUUGCGCAUCUUAAUGGAGGAAACUGCUGACCACAUGUUGACAAGAGAAAGCCACAGACCAGAACAGGAAGUAAUCUCUCAAAGCUUGGAAAGACAAAGAUGUAAUGAAAUAUGGCUGCAAAAGAGGAAAAGUCUGUUCCUGAAAAAAGUGAUAGCAAGUCAUUGCAGUCAACAGAUUCUUUUGAGGAUUUAACAAACUUUGUUGACAACAAAGUAAAUGUUGAUGAAGCUGAUGAGAAAAUCGAAUUAUCAAUUGUCAAUGAAAAAUCGAAACUGCUUGAUGAAGUAUCGCAAGAGACGAAUACAGGAAAUGACAAUGAGCUGCAGGUGCAACAAAAUCAACGCCAGCCUCGGGAAGGGUCUGGGACUAGGACAAUGAGGGGAACUGGAACUGACCCUCAGGUUGCCUUUUUUUGUCAAAAUAAAUUUAAUUUAUGCUUGCUUGCGCAGCUGCUAGGUGUCUAGGGCAAUGGCGUUUGGAGGGUUUCAGUGGAAAACUCCAUAGCUUGUAUAAAUGGUAAUUGGUUGCUUGCGGAGCUUUUAUACAACUUAGCCUUCAAGAUCCUGAUGAUACGUGAAUACUAUAAGACAUCUAAAUUCUAUAGGAAAUCAGAACAGAGCGAUCAACAGUAUUUAUCCUCUCGAUUAGACAGUUAUAGACCAGGCGUAUUAUACAACAAGGGUAACAUCUCUCCGAACUCUUUGCCACCGUGAUAUUUAGCUACCCUUACCCUCUGGUAACGAGAAAAGUUUUGGUAAACGGCGAAUAUCUGCUGCGUUUAUCAAAUAUGGGCAUUUUCCCAAGCCAGAGGUUACGGCCAAUUUUGAAAAUGCGUGAAACACGUGCA